GUCCCUCACCAACACAUUUCUGUUAAAUCUGGCUCUCUCUGAUCUGAUUUUCACCUUUGGCCUGCCCUUCUGGGCCUACUACUACAUGUAUGGCUGGACUCUUGGAGAUCCUGCUUGCAAAGCAGUUAACUUUGUGUUCUACACGGGAUAUUACAGCAGCAUCAUCUUCCUGACGGUUUUGACCAUCCACCGCUACAUGGCCGUGGUUCAUCCCAUGUCGGUGGUCAUGUCUAGGAAGAGCGUGCACUGCUAUGUGACAGCAAUUCUCAUCUGGAUCAUCAGUCUUUGUGCUGCUAUCCCACAAGCCAGGUUCAACUCAGUUGUGUACAACAAUGCUGAUGUAUUCAUGGAUGCUCAAAACAACAGCACCACUGCAGUUCUGCUCUGUGAUUUUGCUGGUCAAAUUAAUUGGAAAAUGUCAAGUGUAUACAUGCAAAAUUCCUUUUUCAUUAUUGCUUUUGUAAUCUUUGUUUUUUGCUACACUGUGAUCUUGGGACGGCUGCUUCGACCAACAUUUCACACUCAUAGAAAGACGGUGCAGCUCAUCCUCUUCAUUGUGGUGUUUUUCUUCUUGGGAUGGGGGCCGUACAACGUGGCCAUAUUUCUGGACUCUCUGAUUUCAUGGAAUAUCUCUCCUUUUCCUGAUUGUGAGAUGGGUGAAUCUAUAGACUAUUUGAUGUAUGUCUCUCGGAUGGUGGCUUUCUCACACUGCUGCCUGAACCCUGUGUUUUAUGGUCUUCUAAGAAUUCUGUAGAAACAGCACAGAGCCUCAGAAUAGACAAA